AUGGUUUAUUCAUCAAAUGAUGAUAUAACAUUAGAUAAUAGAAAAGAUAUUAUAAUUAAUAAUGCAGAAAAAAAAAAUAUAAAUUUAAAUAAAAGGAGUUGUAAUUAUGAAUAUGAUGAGGAAGAAAAUGAUGACAUAAUAAAAAAUAAUGAAAGUAUUAUAUGUGGAGAAGAGAAAAAAAUAUAUAUAUCAAAUAUUGAAGGGAAAGAAAAAAAUAAUUUAAAUGAUUCUAAUAUUCUAGAGAAAGGAACAAGUAGAAGUUCUUCAAGUAAUAUUUUUAAAAAUAUUGAUAAAGAACAUGAUAGAAAAGAAAAUGAUCGUUUAAAAGACAAAGAAAAAAGAGAUAAUAUGAGAGAAGAAAAGGAUUAUUAUGUUAUAGAUAAGCAGAUGAAUAUUUCGAAUACACAUAAAAUAAAUGUAGAAAAGGAAAAGAUAAAAAAUAAUGAUUUUAGAAUGAAUAAUGAAGAAAUUAAUUUUGAUGAUGAAAAUAAAAGAAAUAAUAUAUUUGAUAUAAAAAAGAGUAUAUCUACAAAUGAUAAUAUAAAAUAUACAAGUAAUAGUCAUAAGAAAGGUUUUGUUAAUACAAAUGAAACAGGAAGGAAUGAUAUGAAUAUUAUAUAUGAUGAUAAUAAUUAUAUAUGGGAUAUAAAUGAUAAAAAUGAUAUAAAUGAUAUAAAUGAUGAAUAUUUGAGGUAUGAAAAAAAUCAUAUAAUUAAUAAUGGGCAUAUUAAUAAAAAUGUAAAGAACAAUGAUAAUAAUAUGUAUUAUGAAAAUAAUGAGAACCCCUAUAAAAAGGAAUGUAUUCCAACAGAUGAGCAUAUUAAAGUGGAUAAGGUUAUAGUAGAUAUAAAAGAUGAAAAGAAGGAAGAAAAAAAAAAUAUUAUUUCAAAUAAAGAUGAAAAAAAAAACUUUAUUUCAAAUAAAGAUGAAAAAAAAAACUUUAUUUCAAAUAAAGAAGAAAAAAAAAACUUUAUUUCAAAUAAAGAAGAAAAAAAAAACUUUAUUUCGAAUAAAGAAGAAAAAAAAAUCUUUAUUUCGAAUAAAGAAGAAAAAAAAAACUUUAUUUCGAAUAAAGAAGAAAAUGGGAAAAAAAAUAAAGAACAUAUAAUAAAUAAGGUUGAAGAGGCACCUGGAUAUGAAUACAGUCAUAAUAUUAUUUACCAUGAAUUAUAUGUAGAGUUAUUACAUGUAAAUAAGAAUUUACAGAAUGAGAUUAAGAAUUUAAAAAAGAUUAUUGAAAUGCAAAAAAUUUUAAUUAAAAGUAAAGAAGAAGUUUUUCUAGAUCAUUUAAAUGAAAAAAAUAAAAUGAGUAAUAAAAAAUUGAUGAAUCAUAAUUAUUUCUUAAAUUUCUUUAAUAAAAAGAAAAAGAAAAGUAAGGAACACAAAACACCAUUUAAAGAAGAAUAUGAAGAAGAGGAAGAUGGUGAAGAUAUAGGAUAUGUGGUUGAUAGAAAGAAGCAAACAUAUUUUGAUGUGAAUAAAAAUUAUCAUGAAGGAAAAAGAGAACUAGAAGAAGAAAUUCAUAAUGUUUCUGAAGAACAUUUUGACAAGAAAGGUUCUUAUUUAGAAUGUGAAAAAAUAUAUAAUGAUGAUGAAGAUAUGUUUGAAUAUGAUAUGGAUAUAAUAUAUGAAAAAGAGGAAAAUAAAAAUAACAAAUAUAUAAAAUUACCAUCUAUAGAUAAUAAUGAUUUUUCAGAAUUGACUGAUAGGGAUAUGGAUUCACUAUACGCAGAUAAUAAUAAUAAUAUGAACAAUAAUAGGAACAAUAAUAGUAAUAAUAAUAAUAAUAAUAAUAAUAGUAAUAAUAGUAAUAAUCAUAGGAACAAUAAUAACAAUAGUAAUAUUAUUAAUAUUGACAAUAAUGAUGAUGUUUAUUUUUUUAAUGAUGAAAAAGAAGAAAAUAAUUAUUCAAGGAAAUAUGAAUUUGAACAAUCUAUGUUAUAUAAUAUUGAAGUAGAAGAUGAAUCAUGUAAUAAUUCAAUGACAAUACAAGAAAUUACAUGUUUAACAUUUUGGUAUGAAGAAAUAUUACCAUUAGUAAAUAAUGAUAAAAAAAAAAAUUUAUUAAUUAAUAGAAUGAUAACAAAUUAUAUGCCUAAUUCUAUAAAAGGAUAUUUUUGGGAAAUGUGUAUUAAAAAUAAAUUAAAUCUUACUGAAUAUUUUGUUCAAAUAUUAAUAAAAAAUACCAAUUUUAUACAAGCAUAUGUAUAUACUAAUAAUAGACAAUAUCAUAAUCAUGUUUCCAGAUAUUUUAAAUCCUUAAUUGUAUUAAGAAAUAAUAGUUUAAAUAUAAAAGAAGAAACAAAUGAAAAUGAUCAAGAUGAUGCACAAAAACCAAAUGAUGAUAAUAUAUCAUUUGAUAGUAAUAAAUUUCAUAUAAAUGAACAUGAUAAAUAUUAUGAACAAAAUGAUAAUAUUUUUUCUGAAGCCAAAAAUAUGUUUGAUCAUAAAAAUGAUAACACAUUUGAUAAUAACAAAAAUGACCCUUUUGAUAACAAAAAAGAUGACCCUUUUGAUAAUAAAAAAGAUGACCCUUUUGAUAAUAAAAAAAAUGACCCUUUUGAUAAUAAAAAAAAUGACCAUUUUGAUAAUAAAAAAAAUGACCCUUGUGAUAACAAAAAAGAUGACCCUUUUGAUAAUAAAAAUGAUAACCCUUUUGAUAAUAAAAAAGAUGACCAUUUGGGUGAUAACAAAAUGAAUAAUAUGCCUAAUUCUAAUGCUAACAUAAACUUACUUCAGAAAUUUUCAGUACAAAAAUUCUUCUAUCAAAUAUUAAUAGAUUUAGAUAGAACUAUGUAUAUAAUAACAAAAAACAAAGAAUAUUUUGAAAAAUAUAAUAUUCAAACUGAUAAUGUUUUAUCAUCUGUUAAUUUAUCGGAUAUGAAAAAAAAAUUAAAUACACUCUUGCAAAUGUAUGUCCUUUUUAAACCAGAAUUAGGUUAUGUUCAAGGCAUGUCAUAUAUCGCCCUCGUAUUUUUAUUAUAUACUAACUUAGAAAAGGCAUUUGUCCAUUUUGCAAAUUUUAUGGAGAGGAAAGAUAUUUAUAAUUUAUAUAGUUUUAAUAAAGAAGAAAUAAAAAUUUAUAUUUAUACAAUUAAACAGAUUCUUACGAAAAGAAAUAUAGAAGUAUACAAAGAAAUUAUCAAACAUUAUAAUAUAGAUAAUAUAUUUAUUCAGUGGAUAUAUACAAUCUUUUUAACGUGUUUACCGUUUAACAUUUAUAUAAGAUUGUUUGACAUAUAUACAUUUAAUGAAAAAAUAAUAUACGAGGUCAUUAUUUGCAUAUUUACCUAUUUUAAUAAAUAUCAUCCAACUGAUAAUGUUGAUAUUAUUAUAAAAGAUUUAUCUUCCUUUGCUUUUAAUUCGUACAUUAAGGAGGAAAAAUUUUGGAAUUUGUUAAAAAAAAUUAAAAUAAAAAAAAGAAAAAUCUUGUAUUAUAAAGAUAAAUAUUUUAACAAAAUGAAUAGUAAAGAUGAUGAUUGCAGCAUAGAAAAAUAA